AGCAGCAAUCGCUUCACGCCCCUGGGCCCCGGGCCCUCAGCAGCUGCAUCGUCAGCUCUCGCUGAACCAUCGCCGCCGCAGCGGCCGCCGAAGAAGAGAAAGGGCCAUCGCGGCGGCAAGAAGAAGCGGACCAGACGCAAGAGCUUUGCCAUGCUGCACGACCAUGAGAUGGGCGAGUCGUCGGGAAAUGGAUUCUACCAGGUGGCGCAGGCCAGCCUCAGCGGCACGAGCAUCGACAGCGAAGCGCUACUGGAUCACAGAGAACAGCAACCCAUGCGUGUGCGCCGGUCGUCGACGAUAGCUGGGCCCGGCUCCUUUCAGAAUCCCUUCUCGUCCAUCAGCAGCACCCGCCUCCGGUCCAUGCAGACGGCCCAGAGCGGCGACGAAAGCCCUUCUGGCCGUUGGGAUGAGUCUUCGCCGCUACUUACUGAGCCGGCACGGCGCCCGGGAUCGCAGGGUGGCAUCCCCAGCUACGGCACAAGCGAUGCGCGACUGGGCCGAAAUCGAAGUCGGAGGGCAUCCAGUGCGUCUUCUAGGGCGAGGCUGAGGACCGCCUUCAGCACAAAGGACAAGUACGAUGUCAAUCACCCGCCGUCUAUCCCCGGCUCUCCUACCUUUGGUCCGUCCGAUGGCAUGGAUUUGAACUUUGGCGAUGUCAUGAUACGAGAUGAACUCACCAUGGGAAGCGGUGAUGAGGCGCUUUUCGACGUCGAGGAGGAUCAUGGUGACAACGAAAGAAGGCUGGCGCCAGAACCUUCCGGCGACGUUUGCUUCCCUGGACCCGGCAUGUCUGAUAUUGGCGACGAUGAGACCGCUUCUCGAUACGAGAGACGGUAUAGAACGCGCCGCCGUCGUGGCCGAUGGCCAGAUCUGUCUGUUCUGGAAGACUGGAUGCGAUACGAGAAGGAGGACCGCAGCGAUGAGCGACGAGUUAAGACGAUUACGGAGCCUCAACUCAUCAACGGCCGUCUGCGCCCGGUGCGCAAGGGCUGGUUCCAAACCGACGAAGAGGCGCCCUAUAGAUUUACCUAUUUCAACGAAGAAUUCCAGAGCACGAUUCACAGUCAGACGAUUUCAGAGCUUGUUCAGCAGGGAAGCGAUUUCCAAGGGCUCUUCAUUCCCGAACCCCGCGUCCUCUCCUCGGAUGAAGAGAGCGACUCUGAGGAUAUCCUAUCGCAGCCAUCCAAACCUCGAUACUCGGCAGAGCUUGAGGCGGAUACAAAGCCCCCAACGCGGCAGCCUUCCCUUGACACUAGAAGGGAGGGCUUCAUGUCACCGCCUGUGAGAGAUGAAACAAAUACCAGCUCGAGAUCCGACUCAAUUCGUGGCGGGAACAAGUCGCCUGAGAAUCUUGCAGCACCAAAAGAUAACCACACAGACAUACCAAAAAUAGCAGAGAAGCCAGUUCGAUAUGGGGAGAGGCCGGUGUGGUGGCUCGAUGUACUGUGCCCAACGGAAGACGAGAUGAAGGUUCUUGCAAAGACAUUUGGAAUCCAUCCCUUAACGGCGGAAGACGUCAUGCUGCAAGAAGCUCGUGAAAAGGUUGAGCUGUUCCGUCAUUAUUACUUUGUCAACUACCGCACAUUUGACCAAGACAUCAACAGCGAAAACUUCCUGGAACCUGUCAACAUGUAUGUAAUUGUCUUCCGGGAGGGAGUCCUGAGUUUUCACUUUUCCGUCACGCCACAUCCCGCCAACGUUCGCCGACGAAUACGACAGCUGAGGGACUACUUGAUCCUCUCUUCCGAUUGGAUCUCAUAUGCCAUCAUUGACGAUAUUACCGACGUUUUUCAACCCCUCAUUCAGAACAUUGAGGACGAAGUUGAUGAAAUCGACGACUCCAUUCUGCAGCUCCAUACGUCUGAAGAUAAGCGAUUGCAAGAUGAAAAAUCUAGCAAGCACGACGACUCUACAACAAUUGUAGACUCAAGUGGCGACAUGCUUCGACGUGUUGGAGACUGCCGAAAACGAGUCAUGAGUCUAUACCGGUUACUAGGUAACAAGGCGGACGUUAUCAAGGGAUUCGCAAAGCGCUGCAACGAGAGGUGGGAGGUUGCCCCCAGAUCAGAGAUUGGCCUGUAUCUUGGCGACAUUCAAGAUCACAUUGUGACUAUGACUUCCAACCUUAGUCACUAUGAGAAAAUAUUGGCUCGAUCUCACGGCAACUAUCUGGCGCAAAUCAAUAUCCGGAUGAACGAACGACAAGAGCAGACCGCCGACGUGCUCGGCAAGCUCACUGUCCUGGGUACCAUUGUCCUGCCCAUGAACAUCAUCACCGGUCUGUGGGGAAUGAACGUCUGGGUACCGGGGCAAGACAUCGAGGGCGAUCUCACCUGGUUUGUGUGUAUCACGGCAGGUCUUCUCUUCUUCGGCUUGGCGUGUUAUUGGAUCGCAAAGCGAGUAUAUAAUAUCGUUUGA